AACUAACAUCAAAUGGAAAGUAGAUAGAAAAGUACAAAAGAUGAUUACUUAUUUUCCAAUAGUGAAUCGACAUCUAAGAAAAACAGCUCUCUCAUGGCGCGAAUCUACAAACGAACCAAGACACUUCUCAUGGGUAUAGCAUCUCUAUAUUUAAUUCUAUAUUUGUAUAAACUAUUUUAUGCUAUCAAGAUCGAUGGAGAUCGUCUACAACUACUCRAAAAGAUUGCCCAGAAUCCACUUUGUACAGCCCAUAAUGGCAUACUUGAACGUUUAAGGGCGCUAUGCAAUGAUCUCAUAGAARUUCGAAUGCAGGUYGACAAUGACCCAGUUAAGGCGAAGAAGUUUGAUAACUACUACGACAACUUGCAAACACUUYUWCGAGAGAUUGAAUCAAUCACAAACAAUCCUGCUAGCGAGGAGCAUAUAAAAUCCACCAAACGGGAAACACAAAGUCAUGGUGGAGUUUCUACGGUGGUGUGCCCCGAGAUCUAUCUUGGGACCACAUAUGGCUAUCCUUUUUAUACUAGUGGUUUUGAAACCGGUAAUUGUUCAAAGAAGGUUCCAAUGGAGAAGCUAGUGACUUUAAUAUUUGAUAAAGUACCUGUAGCGAUCAUGACAGAUCAAGGAGAAACAAUWGCGGAUCAAUCUAAAUACUUAGAGAAUCUCAUUCAAUUUGUGAGAAAAGUAUAUCACUAUCAUCCUACUCUAACAAGUCAUUUUCUACUCAAUAUCACAGACAGUGAUUUGUUUGAACUUAAAAGUAAAUUUUCAAACAAACAGAUAACAUUUACCAAACUGGUGAUAAACGAACCAAGWGGUCGAGYACUGCAGAAUCUAAUCACUCAAGUCAAGACCCCGUAUGUGUUCAUAGCCAAUCAGAUCACUCAUUUUACAGAGAMAAUCAACCUUGAGAGAUUWAUUCGUGUUGUGUCAAGCAAAACCUCGACUGUAAUCGCUGGAGCAGGCUCYAGGAAUCUCACAGGUCACUGGACGAAUAACUGCUAUCGUUCUCAGCUAAAGAACUAUACUYUGAAAUUCAAACKKGGUUAUCACCAAUCUUUUAAUGAGUGCUUGGUUUGUGACCAUCUAGGAGGGCCUUUUCUGGCCAAAACAUCCAUUAUAAAGGAAUUGAAGUUUGAUUCUUCAUUGGAUAAUGGCUUGUACGAAGACUUAUUUCURAGACUUAAGUACCACUAUAAUAGUUACCAUGAAAACAAUCUCGAUAGGARCACCCAUUCUCAUGACCCCAACGGUAGGCAUAGAAACAAUGUUACCCAAUUUAAUAGUUACUAUAGAAACAAUGGUUACUAUGGAAACGUAGUAGUUGUAAGUUGCCCGGAUGUGAUGUUUUAUGUACAGAAAGAACUUGUCCAAGACGAAGACCUGUUUUCCUUUUCAAAUAAACACUCAAUAAGAAAGAUAGAGGAGCCUGACGGUCGAGUGCGCUGGUAUGGUUGCAAGAGAGAUAUCUUUUAUCGUACAGGUGACCGAUGUACCCUGAGACAUGGACUAGCUGUAGCUCCRUGCUGUCUGGAAAACCUUGGUGAUGCCGUCAAGUUUGUGAUGGCUGAAUGUGAGAGAAGUAAUGUUGUAUGCGAAUUACAGGAAGGGACAUUGCUUGGAGCUGUCAAGCUGAACAAAGUUCUCCCGUGGGAGAGAGACGCUGAUAUUACGUUUUUGACAUCUGAUUACGAAAAACUGCUCAAAAUGAAGGGCGCAAUGCAGGAAAGAGGAUACUUAUGGAGAGAGAUCAGUUCUCCACGAUGUUGCGUCGACGACCUUAUGGCUGGAGGUCAGAUAGAGAUUCUUGCUGACGGUUGGUCAAUACAAAUGUACGGGCAACAUAUGAUGGAYUCAGAAAGACUUAUCAAUCAGGGCAUUCGACCGACAAAGGUGUCUUUCUGUGGACAGUGGGUAAAUGUCCCAGAAAACCCAGGAAAAUAUAUUAGAAACAGGUAUGGGUGGAAUAUAUAUCGACAUGCUGAACAUUGGAUUGCUACUGGUGCUGAAUCUGGUUGGAURACGUACAACACWAAUGGAUUUAUAACCUGCCCYGUUAAAGGUUAUCAUGGCUGCCUUGAUCAGUAUGAAGCUGAUGGAUCAGUUCAGUUUGAAAAUUUAUUUUAGUUAAUAACUAGUCAUUAUUUAAAUGAAGAGAUGAUUAAACGAGUACUGAUCUUAAAGCUAAAAAUGUUUCAAUUCAGUACGUAAUAAAAGACGUACAACUGUAUUUCAUUGAAAAAUAAUGAAAGUUGUUCCUAUUAAAGUCCUUUGAGGUCUUGUCAAAUUAACUGAAAGCCAGUCUACGAUAAAGAUCUUUAGA